AAACCAGCUGAGGUCGUCUGUCAAAUAUCGUGACGUCAAAAAGUUUCCCUCCCCCACGAGAGGCCUUUCUGUUCCUCAUCUGAUCAGCUGACUUGAAUGUGAUGCUGCUGGAAAGACCUCUAGUCUUACAAUUAUGAAUAUUGAACCACAGGAAUUGUACGGUAGUAAUUGAUUAGUGUUCGAAUAGUUUUGUCAUUAGAUCUCAGCACCCAUCUCUGUCCAUUUCGUUUUGAGCCUGUAGUCAUCAGUGUAUAGCUAUAACCAUGACAGAGUUCUGGUUGAUCUCAGCUCCUGGAGAGAAGACCUGCCAGCAGACAUGGGACCAGAUGAUGGUGGCUACCACCCGCAACAACAACCUGUCCACCAACCACAAGUUCAACAUCCCAGACCUCAAGGUGGGGACGCUAGAUGUGUUAGUUGGGCUGUCAGAUGACCUGGCCAAACUGGACUCCUUUAUUGAAGGUGUGGUGAAGAAGGUGUCUCAGUACAUGGCUGAUGUGUUGGAGGACAGCCGAGACAAAGUCCAGGAGAACCUGCUGGCCAACGGAGUGGAUCUGGUGACCUACAUCACACGGUUUCAGUGGGACAUGGCCAAGUACCCCAUCAAGCAGUCACUGAAGAACAUCUCUGAUAUCAUAUCCAAGCAAGUAAGCCAGAUUGACAACGACCUGAAGGCUAGAGCGUCUGCCUACAACAACCUGAAAGGGAACCUGCAGAAUCUGGAGAGAAAGAACGCGGGGAGCCUGCUGACCAGGAGUCUGGCUGACAUUGUCAAGAAGGAGGACUUUGUGAUUGACUCAGAGUAUCUGAUCACUAUGCUGGUGGUUGUACCAAAGACGAGUUAUGCUGACUGGCAGAAGACCUAUGAAACGUUGUCUGAAAUGGUGGUACCCCGAUCCACUAACCUGCUGUUUGAGGACCAUGACAGUGGUCUGUUCAGCGUCACUCUAUUCAGGAAGGCCAUUGAUGACUUCAGACACAAGGCCAGAGAGAACAAGUACACAGUCAGGGACUUCCAGUACAACGAGCAGGAGAUGAAUGCGGACAAAGAAGAGAUGACACGUCUCUCCACAGACAAGAAGAAGCAGUUUGGGCCACUGGUGCGAUGGUUGAAAGUGAACUUCAGUGAGGCCUUCAUCGCAUGGAUUCACAUCAAGGCUCUGAGGGUCUUUGUGGAGUCUGUCUUAAGAUAUGGGCUGCCUGUGAACUUCCAGGCCAUGCUGCUCCAGCCCAACAAGAAGAACAUGAAGAAACUGAGGGAGGUUCUCAAUGACCUAUACAAACACCUGGACAGCAGCGCUGCAGCUGUCAUUGAUUCUGCCAUGGAUAUCCCUGGUCUGAACCUGAGCCAGCAGGAGUACUACCCUUAUGUUUACUACAAGAUAGACUGCAACCUGCUGGACUUUAAAUAGAUUUUCACUGUACCUGACCCCUCUGUUCUGUCUUGUCUUUAUGCUGAGUACCCACUAACUUGUGUUUUCCUGUAAAUCUUUCUCCCAGUCUUGCUCUUUUCUCCUUUCUCUGCCCUGCUAUCUCUCCUCUCUAAUCGUCCUCUCCUCUGCUCUCCUCAUGUCUGGGUGAUACUGUUUAUCCUUGCUCUCCUCAGAUGUGCAUGCUCAUUCCUUGUGGUUUAAAGCACUUAGUGACCCCCUCCAUCUGUACAAACUGAGGACAAACAAUGGCUUGAUGUAAAUUUAGUUGGUUUUGUUUACAGAUUUUUUUUAAAACAGCAUAAUCAAAGUACACUGUAUUUAAACGCCCAGUGCAGUCAAAAUUUUGAUGUUCCUGUGUUUUUAUAUAGAUUUCCACACUGAGGUCGGAACGAUAUUGUGGAAUAAGGCCAUUUUAGUGUAAGAUAGAAAUUUCAGCCUGUUUUGGUGGGAUGGAGUUUUCGGGUGACUAAUUAAUUAAUAGAACAAUAUGAAAUUGUUCCAAACCUCUGUUAAUAACAGCUAGUUUACAUUUUUCCAUCCCCAAUCCAAAAACAUUCCUAGUCAAAUUCUUCCUUGAGAAAUUGCUCAUGCUAAAAUCCUAUUUUUUUUGUUACUUUUUGACCAUUUUGAACAUUUUAAUUGAAAACAAUCACAGUAUUUAAUUGUUACCCAGAAAUUAUUUGAUGUUGAGAUAAAACGGCUGCAUUGGGCCUUUAACUGUGUGCUGAAACGAAUAAGAUCUCUAAAUAUUUAUUUCUGGUAGUUUAUGCAUUUUCAAUCAUUCCACGUCUGUGUUGUGCAUAUUGAUAGCUACAUCUUUGAGUGGUACUAUUCAUAGAUACUUGUGUAUGUGACCAAUUUGUUCUUUUACCUGCACAUCUAAGCACAUCUGGUACAUGUUCAUGAGGUAUUGGUUCACCUUGGCAACAAAUAGUGUUACAAAGAUGCUAUAUUUGUGUGUUAUCUCAUGUUGUGUAUAUUUGAUGUUAAAAGAGAUAUAUGAAUGUGUAAGCAUUGUCUAUGCUAUGAAUAGAUAAAACAGUCAAUAUGAAGAAAA